UGUCAAAAAAAAAUAUUUUUCUUUCUUUCUUUCUUUCUUUGUUUCCUUCUUUUUCUUUUUCAAUGCCUAUUCUCGAAGUGACUGAAGACCAAAAUCCGUUUUUAAUAGAAAAGCCUAAAAAAGACUUUGAGCAACUUACACAAGAAGAAAAGACAGCUUUGUUAGAUCAGCUUUCUUCUCAAGCUGAUCCUGAAGCCUUUGAACGUUUAGCAGCUCACUUUUUAAACCAAGCAACCAAGCAAGACUUUAAUACAGUCAAUGUACAACCUCAACCUGGCUUUGUGUGCAAGACACGUGUCAUUCAAUCCAAGCAGUAUGCAGUCAACACAGUUGUUUAUAUCAAUAUCUGUUACGCGUCUGCUAUUCCUGCACCACCUUUAACUGACGAAAAGGAAAUUCAGAAAGCAUUAAAUGCAGAUCCCAAUUCAAACUAUAAAGUACCCCUGAGUAUGGGACAAUUACGCUAUGAUGAAAAAAAUGCCCUUGUCAUGGAUGCUUGUGUUCAUACACAACCUUACUUAAGAAGUGAAAAAGAUCUGGAUUUUAGACUGUAUAUUUUGGAAUUAGCGAUGGAAUACGUGGAGGAUCUCUUGUCUGUCUCACUCAGUCGAGAAUUCACUAUGCCAAACACAAAAUGCAUUGGAAAGAUACCAACACGUGUAUUGCGUUUGCCAAAGCCUUCUUUGUUAUCGUCUGUGAUGUCUAAACCCAAGCAGCCAUACACUAUGUUCGUAGAAUCAGAAUUCCUCACAAUUGUAAUUCCAAUGCCUGAUACAGUAAACAUCCCAAACAAACAUGCAUAAAUGAAACACUAAUGUUACGCUUAGAACGCACGCCACUGGACAGUCGAUAUUGAACCACAUCAAAUCACACUCAACCAACUUAUGAUUCCUUUAUCUCAUCCUAUUCUAGUCAGUGAUAGCCAAAAUAAGGUUGAUUUUUAUAAAAAGACACAAGAUUUAGUGAUUCAAUUAAAAUUACAAAAGAGAAAGCAAUACCUAUGAUGCCACGGCAACUUCUUAUUGGUUCCUAAGGAAAUGUUAAUUAUUUCAAGUCACACAAAGCAUUAAAAAAGUAUAUGUCAACUG